GCGUCCUCGAAGGGUGCUCGGAAGACAGAAUCAUGCUCCGACUUUGCCGGAGACGAGAAGCCGCUUCAGCGGCCAUCCAAACUUCCCGAUUGUUAUCUCAGCGACAAUCAUCAGACUUGAGAAGCAUAUCCGGCAGAUGCAUCUCACACCCCUCGUUUGACAGCGAUUCAAAAGACCCAGGUCCCACGUUAGAAGCAUCAUCCAUUCAGCCCUGCAAUUUGCGAGCAGGUGGUGUCGCCACUAACUCUACGCCUGUAGGAUUCGAUCCCUACACAUAUACCGAUGGAAGAUGGUUACAUCGAGACGCGCUGCAGCGCGAGUCUCGCCGCAUUGUGUUCAACUUUCCGGCGCUCUGUGAGAGAGUCAUCAGUCUAUGUCCAGGGGCAACCGAGAUUGUCAAUUGUGAGAAGAAAGAUGGUGGAUUCAAUAGGGUCUUUCUCUUCACAGUGGAUACGGGUUGUCGUGUCGUGGCAAGGCUACCGACCAGUAUCGCGGGCCCUCCCAGGUUGACGACCAACUCGGAGGUUGCAACGAUGAUAUAUUUACAAUCUAAGCUCUCACUUCCAAUACCCAAAGUCCUCGACUGGAGCGAUAACCCGGCAAAUCCAAUCGGCACUGAAUACAUCAUCCAGGAGCAUGCUGGGGGUGUCCAGCUUCACCAAAUAUGGCCCGAGAUGAGCUCGGAGCAGCACAUGCUAUGUACCAAGGCCCUUUCAUUAGCGAUCAAGGAGAUGGCCUCCUUGGACUUUCCAGCAUAUGGCAGUUUAUACUUCUCGGAUGCGCCUCUAGAACCAGACAUGAAAAUACCCUUGGAGAAAGGAUUUUGGAUCGGUCCACGCUGCAGUCCAGUCUUCUGGAACCGGAAUCCAGGGGAGCUUGAUCUCUACGGUGGUCUAAGUUCUAACUGUGGCCCUUGGCGCGACCUCCCGAGCUAUAACUUAGGCUUGAUCCAGACGGGAUACUCUCGCCUACCGAAAUCGAACUCUCUCAACGAACUCCCCCAUCAAGGAUCAGUACAAGAACACACCCGACUCCUCAAAAUAAGCCAAAAAGUGCUACAGCAAUUAAUCAAAGACAAGCGCAUCCAAGCCGCCGCCACCCCAACCCUCCUGCACCCCGACUUCCACAAGCGAAACAUCUACGUCUCAGCAAAGGACCCAACCCUCAUCACCGGCCUAAUCGACUGGCAAUCCACCAGCAUUGAGCCUGCAUUCAUCUACGCCAACGAAACCCCGGACUUUGCCACGCUUCCCCACGAGCCCGAGUACGAUGCGGACGACCCGGCUUCUGCUGACAAGAAGCGAGCAUUCACAGAUGCCUCGAUCUGCUACCAAACAUACGAUGUGUGCAUGAAAGGUCUGGUACCCAAACUUCGCCCCGCCAGACUCCUCGAUCCUACCUUAUUUCGACUCUUCCAUUACUCGCACACGGCAUGGAGAGACAGCGCCGCUGCGAUUCGCCAAGAACUCAUCGAGAUAUCCGAUCGGUGGCACGAACUGGGACUAGAGGACUCAUGUCCAUUUCUCCCCACCGAUGAAGAACGGACAAAGCAUGCUAGAGACUACGAGGACUUUGAAACCAUCCAGAGUCUCAAGUUAUGGCUCAAAACCUCCCUGCAUACGAACUCCGAUGGCUGGGUUCCGAAUGAUGUGUGGGAUGCUGCUAGAGAUGCUCAUCGCGCUGUAUAUGACGAAUGGAUACAGACGGCUAGAGAAGCCGAGUCUCGUGGUGAGGACCUGACAGUGGCCAAGGCGGAUAAGCUGUGGCCAUUUGAUGCGCGGUAGAUGGGCCAGGCCAGGAGCAUCGUCGAUAUUCUUCCUAACCAUCUCCAGAAAAUAGGAGUAGGAGGAUGGUGUACUAGUGUAUAAUCAAAGGGAAUAGAAGUCGGGCAGGUCGGUAGUAGAAUCCAGGGCCAUGUUUAUAUACUAGACCCUAGAGUGAGCCUGUGAUCCACUCUAUGAUUUAACAGGUAUUAGAAUCUUGACGCGGACUUGGAGGAGAACGCUAAUUCUACAAGGCAAGGUUUCCGGGAAACCUUGUAGUGGAAAGAUCAGUAAAUGAGGGUGGCUAUGGUGGCUAUGGUGGCUAUGGUGGCUAUGUAACGGCUAUAUUAUCUCAGGUGCAAUUUAC